UUUCUCCAUUGGCAUUUGUUGUCAGUUAACGAUGGAGUUGAACAACUAAAUUCGGUUGAUAAAGUGAAUUUUUGAGCUAUCCUUAAGUGAAUUCGUAGUGCGAACAGCGUAGAACGUAGACAGAGUGUAGCAUUUCGGAUAUUUUUUUUCAAAAUCGCGUAGCUCCUAGUAGUGACUUAAGCAACAAAAUGUCGAGAGACAAUAAAGAGGAUACGGUGGUGAUAGAUGAGGCGCUCGCAAGGACGGGUUUUGGCAAAUUUAAUAUACUCUUAAUGAUAUAUACCGGUUUCGUGAUCAACACUGUAUAUCUCGAAGCGGUGGGCGUUAGCUUUGCCCUGCCCGUCUUAGAAUGUGAUCUGAAUCUAUCGCACAGGCAACAAGGCAUACUAGGCGCUGUUUCUUUUGUCGGCGUCAUUGCGAGUUCACACUUUUGGGGAUUUCUAGCCGAUACCCAAGGUCGCAAACGGACAAUGCAACCGGCAUUAAUUCUGGGAUUUGUCAUUACUGCCUUCUCGAGUUUAUCGCCAAAUUUCCUGACCUUCGCUUUGCUACGCUUUCUAAAUGGCAUACUUCUCUCCGCUUGUUCCGCUACGAUUUUCGCUUACGUCGGAGAGUUCCAUUGUCAAAAAGAUCGCAGUUGCGCUAUACUAGGCGGUAGUGUCAUAAGUGCGGCCGUUUCAAUAUUUUUGCCUGUCAUCGCAUGGAUAUUCAUCAAUCAAGAGUUUAAAGUUUACGUGCCAUAUAUUAAUAUAGUUUUCAAGCCAUGGCGUUCGUACUUCCUGGCCUGCGGUGUGCCCGGAUUUAUUUGUGGUUUGAUUCUGUUUUUCUUGCCGGAGAGCCCGAAGUAUUUAUUAUCUGCCGGAAAGCCAGAAGAAGCUAUAAAAGUAUUAAAGCGUAUUCAUAGAAUAAAUCUUGGGAGCAAGGAUCCUAACAGCGUAUACACGGUUACUACCUUACUGCCGGACGCCGACACACCAAUGGGCAAAGUGAAAGGUUUAGAAAAGAAGAAUCUCUUCGCAUCCAUUUUGCAGUCUAUGUGGCAACAAACAGCGCCACUUUUCAUGCGCGAACAUCUAAGGAAAACCGUACUGUCUAGUCUAAUAUUAUAUAUAAUAUUCUUUAGCGCUCAUGGCGUAUACAUGUGGUUCCCGUAUAUUCUAAAUACCAUAACACAAUAUACCGAGAAGUUUACCGAAACGAAACGCAUUUGUGAGAUUAUCAAAUUCGUACAAUCGGGAAAUCUAACAAGCGCAGUUGAAGAUAGUGCAACUGAAACGUGCACGAUGCAUUUGGAAAUAUCAACCUAUGUGCAUACCAUAUUCCUAGAAGUUAUAUAUGUGAUUAUGCUGCUAAUCAUUACGUUAUUCAUUAGUAGAGUUGGACGUAAACUCAUGCUUUUCAUAAAUCUUUUGGUUUGUGGGGUUUGUGGCAUAUUAGCCUUUACCAUACAAAUUCCCCUGCUGGGCAUUUAUCUCUUGGUCAUUCAACUUUGCUGCGGUUGUGGCAUAUCCGUGCUCAAUGCCAUUGUUGUCGAAAUAUUCCCAACAAAUUUAAGGGGUAUGGCCGUUUGCAUAUCUCUUAUGAUCGGACGUAUUGGAAGCGUCUCGGGAUCUAACAUUUUAGGUUUACUCAUUGAAACACAUUGCGAGAUGGCGCUUUAUAGUCCAGCGGUUGCACUAAUUAUUGCGGGCGCUUUAGGUUUCCUUUUGCCAAGUGCAAAACAGGCUGUUGCUAAACCAAAAGAUCUGGAGAAUACUUCAUAGCUUAAUUAUUAAUAUUUGUUUAAAUAAAAUUAAAUUAAUCUAAGAAACAGUAAAAAUUAGUUUGUUAAACAUUUACUUUGUAAAUAUGUAACAUUAUAUUAAGUAAGGAUGUAUAAUAAAUUUUUUUAUAUUUUCCCAAGUUAAAGAAUUUGUUGCAAC